CUGACGGGCCGCGGCCGCCUCCAUGAAGCGCAAGAGCGAGCGGCGCUCGGCUUGGGCUACCGCGCCCCCCUGCUCGCGCCGCAGCUCGUCCGCCUCUCCUGGCGUGAAGAAGAGCCGCAGCUCCACGCCGCAGGAGCUGCACCGCCUGGAGCAGCAGGACGACCUGUACCUGGACAUCACGGAUCGCCUUUGUUUUGCCAUUCUCUACAGCAGACCAAAGAGUGCGUCAAACGAACAUUAUUUCAGCAUAGAUAAUGAACUUGAGUAUGAGAACUUCUACGCUGAUUUUGGACCACUCAAUCUGGCAAUGGUUUACAGAUAUUGUUGCAAGAUAAAUAAGAAGCUCAAGUCCAUUACAAUGCUGAGGAAGAAAAUUAUACAUUUUACCGGCACUGAUCAGAGAAAACAAGCAAAUGCCGCCUUCCUUGUUGGGUGUUACAUGGUUAUAUAUUUGGGAAGGACUCCAGAAGACGCAUAUAGAACACUAAUCUUUGGAGAUACAGCCUAUAUCCCUUUCAGAGACGCUGCCUACGGAAGCUGCAGUUUCUAUAUUACACUCCUGGACUGUUUUCAUGCAGUAAAGAAGGCAAUGCAGUUCGGCUUCUUUAAUUUCAACGCAUUUAAUCUCGUUGAAUAUGAACACUAUGAGAAAGCAGAAAAUGGAGAUUUCAACUGGAUAAUACCAGAGCGGUUUCUUGCCUUCUGUGGACCUCAUUCAAGAUCCAGGCUUGAAAGUGGUUACCACCAACAUUCUCCUGAGACUUACAUUCCAUACUUUAAGAAUCACAAUGUAACUACCAUUAUUCGUCUGAAUAAAAGGAUGUAUGAUGCUAAGCGCUUUACGGAUGCUGGUUUCGAUCACCAUGAUCUUUUCUUUCCGGAUGGCAGCACCCCUGCUGAGGCAAUUGUCCAAGAAUUCCUGGAAAUUUGUGAAAAUGUUGAGGGUGCCAUUGCAGUGCAUUGCAAAGCUGGCCUUGGUCGAACAGGUACUCUGAUAGGCUGCUACCUCAUGAAGCAUUAUAGGAUGACGGCAGCCGAGAGCAUUGCCUGGCUUAGAAUCUGCAGACCGGGUUCAGUGAUUGGGCCCCAGCAGCAGUUUCUGGUCAUGAAACAGUCAAGCCUCUGGCUGGAAGGCGAAUAUUUCCGUCAAAAGUUGAGAGGGCAGGAGAAUGGACCCCUCAGAGCAGCCUUCUCCAAACAACUCUCAGAUGUUGAUGACAUUUCAAUAGAUGGGCUUGAGAAUCAAGACAAGCAAGAGCCUGAGCCGUAUAGUGAUGAUGAUGAUGAUGAGAUCAAUGGAGUGACACAAGGAGAUAGACUUCGGGCCUUGAAAAGUCGGAGACAGUCAAAAGCCAACGCUAUCCCCCUCACAGUAAUUCUUCAGUCCCGUGUUCAGAGCUGUAAAACCCCUGAACCUAAUCUUUCUGGCAGUUCAGGCAUUACUAAACGAACCACCAGAUCUGCUUCGGGGAAAAGCAGUCUUAAAAGCCUGGCUCCUUGGAGGGAAAAGAGGAGGAGCGCUUUGCAGCCAAUGCCCAUGCUGGCGUUAUGUCCAGCUGUUUCAAGGACUAAGAGUGUCUUGCGUUAAAGUAAAAACCCAGUGACCAUCACUCCAGGGAACUGAAAACCCCAACAGGAUUUAGCCAGUCAUCUGAGAACAAAACAGACUCUGCAAAAGCCUUAGUUUCUUUCCACAUGAGAAGUUCAUUCAAUGAAGAAAACGUCACUGGCCCCUCAGCCACUCACUGACUUUGGGUUGUGGCUGAGCCAUUUGAGGGCUGGACUCUCCCUUCUGUAAUCUCAAGUUGGAUGAAAGCUGCUGUUAUAAGUUUAGUCUCAGGUGUCAAUACCCAGCCCUCUGCCACCAGAGAGCUGUCUGGUGAGUGUGGUAUAUGUGUGUUCUUGUGAUGGCAAUCGUGUUAGCUGCUGGCCUUCAGGAGAGUGGAGGGUGUGCUGGAGGUCUCUUGGUAUAUUUAUUUUUUGUUCAGCCUGUGACCCCGUCCUGCAGUUUAUAAACAUGAAAGGAGAUGAGCAUCUCUCCAGUGGUACCCUCCUUUUUAAGAUAUGAUUUGGUACAAUCAGCUUCACUUUACUCUUGUUAAUACUGUUGUGAUGUUCACUGUGUGAAUUACCCAAGCUGCUUGUCUUUCACCAAAGAGUGCUUUAAUAACAGUCUGUGAAAACUGCAUUUAAACACUGUUAUGUGUUGUUGUGGUUACUAAAACCUGCUAAAGAAUGUUGAUAGAAUAUUUGAACCUUUUCUCAGUUGAAAGGUUACGUAAGUCCUUCCUGUGUCAUUUAGGAUGAAGAUUUCGGGACUGGGACGUUGGGUUGCUCAGUCACACAUUAGAAUUGUGUUUCCUCCAGUACAUUAAAACCAAACAGCAGUGCUGCUUGUCUUAGAAAAGCACCCUAAAUAAUGGUGGCUUUAAAAACAAAAUUGUCAACCCUUUGUAGAGUGUUUCUCUGUAAUGCUGUGGAGUUGUUUUUUUUUUUUUUUUUUUUGUAAUUCACGGUUUGAUUUUAGCGACAAUUGCUUGCUUCUGGAGUUAGGCUGUUUGUGUAAGAGAACUCACUGUUGCCUUGGGUUAGGGAAUACGACUAGAAACUGUAGUGUGCCUUCUCUCUUCACCCCUGCUGGAAGCCAGCCGGACCUGUGCCAUGAAGCAAUUGCAAAGCCAGAAUUUAUCUGCUGCCAAAAAGAAGACAGAGAAUAUCAGAGAAUACUUUAUGGUUAUCUUAGUUACGUCCACAAUAGAGAAUAAUGGUUUUUACUCUUCCCAGUUUGAAGACUGGAAAAAUGAAAUGUUGAAAGCCAUUGAGAGCCAAUGCCUUCCUAAGACAGAUGAAUGUGCCAGGCUUCCCGCUUGAAAAGCAGCCUUCCUUGUAGUUGUAAUGAACAGGUUAAAGUCUGGUAAAUUUAAAAAAAAAAAAUAAAAAAGAAAGGAAGAAAGAAACACAGUGGGUCCCCAUUUCAGUGUUUCUCUCCUCAAACUGUGGCAUUGGCUGACAUUGGGUUGGGGGCCUGGGAAUGUCAAUGUAGAAUCCACACAAAGAGUCCCUCCCCAGUUAAACACUGGAGAAAGGCAGCUAAGACCUAGGUAAGAGGACAAACAUUUCAUUUACUGAUAAUGUUCAAUCAGACUGUACCUGAGUCUAAAGUAGCAACUUCUUAGGAUAGUUCUUCCUCCAUCUGAACCAAGCUGGAUUUGUCCUGUGUAUCAGGAUGAGUGAACAGGGCCUGCCCACUGUGGCUCAUAGUGAUUGAGUUUGGGAAUAAACCACUUGGGCUUCAGUGAUAACCAUAGUGCUUUUUAGAAAUCGCCCUUUUGUGUUGGCGGCUCCAUUCAGCUAGAAUUGCUACUACUGUGGCUCUUGCUAAAAUUCCCUCUCUUGCUGAAGUUACUUAGGAAACGCGAGUUGGUGAGGACACAUUCCCAGGAAAACCUACUCCAGAUGCUGAGGUGAUAACUCUGGGGAUGGACAGUCACCAGCACUGACUGGUGACACCUAGGACCCAGGAAGUCUGGGUCUAACUAAUGGAAAAUCCUUCCUGCUGUGAAUUAGUGCACAACCCCUCCCCAACUACAACUACCCAGAACCUGCUGGGUUAGAAGACCCUGCUUCUACAGGGCAUGAACCAGUGAUUGUUGAUUGCAGGGGCCCCUUUAAUUUAAGAACUUUAAAUAGCUUUGAAAGUGCAUCAGAACCUCCUCUAGCAGAAUUAAAAUUAGAAAGUAAAUGUAUAGGUGCCCUUGAAGCUUUUGGGUGACUGAGACCACCCAGAGUUCAAGAGGAAUGUCUGCAGAGCUGGAUUUUAGGACUCACAGAUUAAUACAGUUCUGAGGCCCAACUAGAACUCUGUUGCCAUGAGACAAGAAGGAUGGGCCCUGAGCAGCGCCACGUUCAACGGCAGCAGUAUUUGUCUCACAUGGCCGUGUGCUGCUCUUCCUCAAAACUUCCCAGCUGUAACUUGACCCCCGAGACCAGCCCUAACCAUUGUCCCGCCCCAUCACCUCACCCCACAGGUGGCUUCUACCUCUUGACUUGGGUCAUAGAGGCUUUCCCAAGUGUUCUCAUGAGGCUCUUGGAGUAUUUUUAGGUCUAACAGACCUUUCCAGCUUUCUGAGUAACUUGUGCCUAGAAUUCCUUAGGCCUCUGUUAGCUUGAAUCGCUGUCUAUGACAAAUAUUUGUUCAUUUGGUGUGUGUCCUAGAAGUAACAGCUGCUUUUCUUCAUAUAUUUUCUAAAAGUUCUUGCCACAUUUUAGAAAGCAGUUGGCCAGAAACCUUAAAACCUAUUUUCUUUAAGAUUUAUUUCUCUUCCACUGAAAUGUCUUGCAUCUCCCUUUAAAUCUGAGUGUUCCUCAUAUCACUGAAUGGAAAUACUACAGGUGUGUUAAAAAGACUUGCCUUUACUGUAUAAGAAAUUACCUCCUUAACGAUCCAGUAGAACUCACUGUGGAUAGACAUGUUCAUCAGAUUAGAGUACUGCAGUUUUACAUCCAUUGUUUGAAGACUUUAUUGUACACUCAUGUACAGAUGAUUAAGUGAAGUUUUAAGGUGUAACUGAUGAAUCAGUAUUUGAUCAAUCAUUGUCUUGAUAUUUUAUUAAAUUGUAUAUUUCUAAUCAUAUUUUUUAAGCUGAGAGAACUGGUUGGAUGUUUAUUCUCCUGAAGGUAUUUUUAAGAUAAAGCUUCACCCUAGCCUGUAAACUUGGCACAUACAUGUAGUUUUUGAUACUUCUUGUUGCAUUUGAAAAUCUUGUGUAUUGUAAAAUGGUUUUAUACAAAAUACUAAAUGGUAGAAAUUGUAUAAUUUACAAUCAUAAUUAAAAAUAUUGAACAGUU